GCUGGAGAAUGCCAGGAAUGCAGAGGAGAAGCCUACAGGGAGGGGAGCCCGUGCCGCCGAAUGGAGAAACCUGUUUGAUUCCCCUGAAGGGCAAAACACACCCAAAGUCUCCUCCUCAAAACAAGGCUUGGCCUCCCGGGGCCGGCCCUCUCGGCAGGGAAGGGUUCGGGUGUGCGGGCUCGGGUGUGCGGGCUCAGGUGUGCGAGCUCAGGUGUGCGAGCUCAGGUGUGCCACAGCCGUGCGGGCUCAGGUGUGCGAGCUCAGGUGUGCCACAGCCGUGCGGGCUCAGGUGUGCGAGCUCAGGUGUGCCACAGCCGUGCGGGCUCGGGGCUGCCACAGCCGCUGGCCGGACAGAUCCACGUCGGGAGCCGCAGCUGGGGAAACGCGCAGGGGGUUUUUGGCUGAAGGGGAAGGCACUGCCGUGACUAUGAUGUCCCUGGGUGUUGCCAAAGGAGGGCUGAUCCCGCCCUCGGACGAGGAUCGCCGCAGGAUCAUCCGGCAGAUGAAGGUUCGCACCACCCUGCGGGGGGACAAGAGCUGGAUCCAGCACCACAACUCCGACUCGGACGAGGAGAAGAGCAGCCCCCUGUCUGGUGGUGGAUCCACAGCCCCCAAAGCUGCUGCUCCCCAGCAGGACAGGAGCUCUGUCCCCAAGGCCCAGCCCGGGUACCUCAUCAGGGGGGUUUUCACCAGGACCAUCGACAAGAGCUCGUCCGUGCCGGAUUCUUCACCUUCCAGCCAAGCACAGAAAAACACUGCCCUGAAGGGCCAGAGCCGCUCCCCCUCGGGCUACAGGAUGACCACGGAGGACUACAAGAAACUAGCUCCGUACAACGUCCGGCAGAAAUCCGUGGAUGCGGACGAGGAGGACGCGCCGUUUUCCCCGGACGAGCACAAGAAGAGGACUGAGGCUGCCAACAGCGUCCUGCGGCGCUCGGCCGGCCGGGAGCGCGCCUACGUCCUGUCCGCCGCCAAGAAGAGCAACGGGAGCCCAACUCAGGAGUUGCCAGCCCUGUUUGCCAAGAGGAUUGAGAUAGAAGAGGAGGAAGGACAGCAGAGGAGGAGCCCGACUGUGCCGGCUCCAUCCAGCUUUGCUCCGGACAGCAGCAGUGCUAAUGGACUAAGAAAAACCAGCCCUGGAUCUUCCUGGGAUGAGCCAAAGGCAGCAGCAUCUCCCUCCAGCCCCAAACCAGGCAGCAGGAGCCAAACAUCCCCAUCCCUGAAUGACACCUCGGGGAAAAUCUCCACUUCUGCUGAAGUCAGGAAUGGUGAGCACAGACAGGCCCUGGAUGGGAAAUUCUCCUUGGGAACGGUGUCCCAGCGUGGGGAUGGUGACAAAGCUCCGAAGGAAAAGCCUGAGAGGUUCCCAUGGGAUGAAGGAACACCCAGAGCCACGAAUGGAAGAUUUCCUGGGCACACAGAAGCCAAUAAUGGGUUUUACCCACCAGAGUGCAGCUCUGGUUGCUGGGACAGAGCUGGGGAUGCUCCGGAGAAGCUGCUCCGUCCAUCCGAGCCCUCCCUGGGUGACACCAGGUCACCCUUGCAGUCUGAUGUCCCUUUUCAUCCCUCUGAGAGAACCCCUGUGCACAUCGAGGACACAGAAUAUUCCUUUAAAAGGUCUGUCCUGGGCUAUGAGGAGAGGAGCAGCUCCACGAAUCCUGAGGGCCCAUCCCACCCCCAGCCCUACUGGGAUGAGACAAGGUUCCUGGACUCAUCCAGCCUCAGUGAGAGGGGCCAAGGAGCUCCUGGCCAUGACGCCCCCCCAGAGCCCCCCAGGCUGAAGGAUCCCACUGAGCCCAGCAGGGCUGGGCCUGAGCUGUGCUCCCAGGACACUGCUGGCAGCAGGGACAGGGAUGUGGGAAUGUCAUCCUGCCUGCAGAGGGAGGAAACCACGGCAACAAGGUUGAGCUCUGUUUCUGCAGGAAGCAGCGUCCCAGCUCCAGAGAUUCCACAAGGCAACGAGUCUGAGCCACACAGGGACAGGUACGGAGCUGGGCCACCAGGACAUCCCUCACACACCUCCAGCUCUCCUUCCUGGCCUGUCCCAAGGCAUCCAAAUGCUCAUUCCCUGGGAAAGCUCUUCUCCAGGCAAUCUGUUUGGGAAUGCUUUGGGUUUGGAGCCUGCUCUCCCUGUGGAGCACAGAACCAGCACAGGGAGAGCAGAGCAUGGGGAAAUGAUGGACUCAUGGAGUUCUCGUGGCUGGGAAAGGCCUCUGUGACCAUCAGCUGUCCAUCCAGUGCUGUGACGUGCUCACCACCAAGCCACAGCCUCACAUCCACACGUUUCCUGGGUGCCAGAGCCCCAGCAGUGACUGUGAGCCCAGCCUGGGGACUGCAGAGAUUCCUGCUGCUCAGGGUGUUGUGUCUCCCCAGCAGGCCCAGCCCUGAUCCCAGAGGGAGCGCUUUUCCCGGGAGCAGCAGCCCCAGGAGCAGCUGGUAUGACGGUGCCAGGGGGCACGGGGACUUCAGCCCCCCUGCAGGAUGCCACGAGUCCCUUCCCAGGGAUCCCACCAUGUCCAUGUCCCAGAGAAGCCACAGGGUGCCGUUCUACAUGGACAGCUUAAACUGUAACAGCACCAGGCUCCUCUCCAGUUCCAGUGAGAGGCUCUGCAGCUCCCACCACAGCUCUGGGUACCAGCCUGACUCCAGCACUGCCGGGAGAGGGAUCCUCUUUGUCAAGGAGUACGUGAACACGGGCGGCUUUGGAGCCUCGCCGCGCCACGGCAGCCUUGUGGAUUUGAGUGACCUGGAGAGAAGCAGCUACAGCCACCACAGUUACCUGUCCAGUGCUCCCCUGCACAGGUCCAGUGAGCCCCUGUGCAGUUACUGCAGCCGGGAGAUCCGAGACUGCCCCAAGAUCAUCAUCGAGCACCUGAACAUCCACUGCCACGAGUACUGCUUCAGGUGUGGAAUUUGCCACAAAGCGAUGGGAGAGCUCCUGGAUAAAAUAUUCAUCCACCGGGACAUUGUCCACUGUGACAAGUGCUACGAGAAGCUCUUCUAGGGCCCGGCGGGGCUGGGAAUGCUCUCCUGGGAUCACCGCCGCUCCUGCCUGCCGAGACUGCAGAAUUCAUUCCUGCUCCCGCUUCCCUGCCGUCCUUUUCCCUCUCGCCGCCCCCUGGCCGUGGAUGAGUUCAGCACCUGCUGGCUGAUGCUGUCACCUGCACCAGUGUGAUGGGAACGAGAUAAGGCAGGCUCCUCCUCAGAGAUAACAUUUCCCAAGCCCCUCAGCCUGCCGUCGGCUGCAGGAAGAUUCCCGGUAUUCCCGGAGCUGGGAGUGGGGCACAGCUCCUCAGCUUCACCCCGGCUAAUCGCCGCCAGUCUCUCCUGAUGAUAUCUGUAUUUCUUUCCCUUGUGCAGCCAGGCUGGCACACAGGCACUGGGAGCCUUAAACACUAAAUUUGGAUUCUUAGGAGGGUUUGGAUUUAGUCCUUAGCGAAAGCCUAUUUCUGCUUCUUUCAGCCCUAAAUUCAGCCUAGAAAUAGCUUCUGCCUGAUUUCCAUUUGCUUUCCCCAGGAUUCCAGGAGGACUUGCAAACUCUAAUUGUGUGUCAGCUUUAAUUCCCCUUCCUGCUUCUUCCCUGAGGAUGCUGCAGCACCACUUGUGGCUGCUGCCUGUUUGGGGGGAUAACGUGUCCUUCCCCCGGUGUUAAACUCGGGCUCUGGGGCAGGUGUCUGGUGCCAGAGCACUGCCAUCUCAGUUCCCUCUCCUGACAAAGAGCUCUGCUCAGCUGAAAUCCCAAUUUCUCACCUCUCAAUGCUGUAAACUAUUCACAGCCCAAAUCCUCACUAACGCUGAACUUCCAGCGGCUGCUGUGCCCAGUAAAAUCAGAAUUGUGUCGUUUUAACUCAGAGCUGAGAGGUUGGGAAUGCUGAAUACUGAGACCUGGAAGUCAGGUGUCCUCCAAGAGUCCAGACUUAUGAUGGGAAGCAUUAGGAGCCACAGAAUGCCAGAAUGAUUUUGGGUUGGGAGGAGUUAAGGUUCAUCUGUUCUGAAGUUCAUGGGCAGGGACAGCUUCCCCUAUCCCAGGUUGCUCCAAGCUCCGUCCAGCCUGGCCUUGGACACUUCCAGGGAUGCAGGGGCAGCCACAGCUUCUCUGGGCAACCAGGGCAUCCCCAUCUUCACAGCCAAGAAUUGAUGAAAACCAAGCUUCUCCCAAAAUCCUGUGAUUACCUAGGGAAAAAGGAACCCUGAUCCCCCCCUGUGAUGUUUUUGUGUUUGAGAGCAGCUGAAGGAGCUGGGAAAGGGGCUCAGCCUGGGGAAAAGGAGGCUCAGGGGUGACCUUCUGGCUCUGCACAACUCCCUGACAGGAGGGGGUUUUCCCCCUUAAAGACCUGUAUCCCCCAAAAGGAACCUGCAGCUAUUAUAAAAAUGUUAUGCUUUAUAAAUUGUAUUGGCCUGAGCUUUGAAGAAUUGCUGACCUACCCUCCAUGAAUAAAAAACAAAUGAAUUAUUCAAAGAGGUGAAUGUUCCUGGUAUUUGUGGAGAAGGGUCACCUGCACACAGAUUUUUCCUACGUGAUGGAUGAGGUCAUGCAUUUUCCUUCACAAAAAAAAAGAUCUUUCUCUUGGGCUCCUGCUGCUUGUGGGGACAAAUCUUGACCAGGUUAUUUCACAUGAAAUCAAGUAAAUAAAUAAAGAUAUAAAAGGUAUGAAAUGUGCUGGUGGUGACUGAGCAGAAGUGGAGGCAAACCCAUCCUGGCACAGGGAACUCUGCUUUUGGAAAUCCCAUCUUCUGCACAGACCAAACCUUCCCAGAGCACCUGAAAAUUUCCAGCAGAGUGACAAAAUUAACAGUAGCCCUGGUGACACCAGGACAGACCGUGGGCAGUGCCAGUGCUGGACGUGGUGUUCAGGCCAAGCGGUACAAAAAUGAGAUUCUGUUCAGAGCACGUGGCCUUGGUGACUGCCAAACAUCCAACACUUCUUAUCAGGAGGUGCCAGAGGCUGUGUGUGUGUCCAACACGCACAUUUGGGAGGAGGAUGCCAAAGAAUGGCGCUGGUUUUAUUGUUGCCUGAUAAAGCUGUCCUGAAGAGAUGUUACACUCACCGAAGCUUUGGGAGAUCCCAGCUAAGCUGUACUUUGUGCGUUUUUCUGGAUCUCAAACACACAGGGAGAGACCCCUUCCCUACUCAGCCCUUUUCCCCUUUUCCUUCCUCAC